GAUCCGCCCGUGCUGCUCUGCGGCCUCUGCGAGACUCUGCGCGGCGACGGCUCCCCGCACCUGGCCCCAGGCGAGUUCAUCGAACACAACAUGACAGAGGAGGGGUCCGCUCAGGUGGUCGAGGCUCGCAAUGUCAAGAAUGCGCCUGGUUCCCGUGAGUUUCUGUCGCAAGGCGCGGGGCACCGCCAUCGCGUCGGCUUCCAGAUCGAGCGGAAGGUGACCAUAUUGAACAAGAGAGAGUUCAAAGAGGUGUUCAAUAUGAAGCCGACGGUCAGAAACACUACGGGCAUCCAUAAAUUCGACAUCUUUAUCGAGAACGGCGCGACCAAGGAGACCGCCUGGGCAUUCUUGUACGACGCCAGCUUGCCGCAUCGAGCCAUGAAGUUGUACAAUGACCAGCAGUUCAUUCUCAGCGAGGAGCGCAUGAGCCCCAGCGCCCAGAUCCAUUCGGCCCAAGGCAAGCAGACGAUGGACGCUGGCCUCAACGAGUUGAUGGAAGGAUCGGGCUACCAGGUCCUCACGGGGAAGGCCCACCUGGCUUCGAUCAAGCACAUCUUGGACGGUUUCGGGCCCCAGGAGGGGGAGGAUGAGCAUCUUGCCGAGGAUGAUGACGACGCCGACGACGGGCCUGAGGCUGGCGUGGGUUGCGCUUCUGCAUCUGGACUCCAGGUACAGGCAGUCGCCAGGGCAGCCCCGCAACGGACAGCGGUGGCGGCGCAGCCUCGCACCCUAAUCCAGCGGUCGCUCACGUCUUGCUUGACCAAGGCGGCCAGCGUGGCAGGCGCGCCGACUGGAUUGCCGCGCGGUCCAGCAUCAGGCGCCGCCUCUGGCUGCGGCCCCUUCGCUGCUGGCGCACCGGCUUCGGGCUGCGGGCGCGACCGCUCUCCGCUUCCAAGCCCAUCAGGCGACGGCGAUAUUGGGCCCAGGGACAGCGCCUCGCAGGUCGGAGUUGCCGACGCCGCUGCCUCCGAGUGGGAUCAGAGCCCGCGCCGGGACCAAGCGCAGAAGUGGAUCAGCAAACUACCAGUCGCAGAGGCGUUGACGGGCAAGCGUUUCGGCAGAACCAUUUGGCACGCGGAGGAGGCGUACUCCAAGAUGGCGCCUCGCGAGCACAACCGAGUCCGUAUAGCGGAGGGUAGCAGCUCGCGGAACAUACCUACUGGCGACGUCAGCGCGAUUACGGCGAACCUCGACAAGCUCCAGAACGCAGGGUUCGCCAUCCCCGAGGCCGUUGCAGCGGCGCUCGUCGAGCGGGCCAAGGAGGACCACUACAAGAUUGAGACGCCGUCCGAUGAGCAGCACGCGAAGUUCUACUUGACAAUGCGCCCAUGGAGUACAUGUUCUACAAGUAUGCCCGAUAGCCUUUCGUGGGCGUGGUCGCUCCCUUUCCGCGGGAAGUUCAUCGCCAUGCUCGAGGACGACGCAGCGAACGCAGCGGAUGACACCCCUGAGGUUUUCGAAGCGUUGCAGUUGGAGGCGCUCCAAGUACUUCGCUUUGUUCUCGGCGUCUUGUCCACUGACAUCGAGGAGAUCUGCGCGGCGCCCGAGAGUUAUAUGUGCAUCUGGGACAACUCAAAGCAGCAUCGCUCGUCCAGUCCGAUGGGGAUCGCCAAGGCUUCCUUCGAGGGCGACAAUUAUUUCUACAACGGCAAGCUUGCAGAUUUCAAGCGCAUCCUGCCCAAGCUCGAGAGGUACCAUAAAGCUAUCACGACUGACGCGGACUGGAUCAACGACACCAGCCCCGAUAUCGAUUUGGAUGACGAGCAGGCGCGACUCAAGAGGAUUUGCGACGACUUCGCCACAUGGUCGAACGCCCUGAGCGAGCAGACCAUGGCAUCAUUACAUACGGCCCUGCUCGCCCGCGCGCUGGCCCAUUGCGCGAAGGCGCAGGACGACCUGGAGAGCAGCCCCAUUGGCACCAACAGGCUUGCUCGCAUCAGAGCCUUCCAGGAUCUACUGAGCGCCGCUUCCCUCGCCAUGCCCUUCUCGAAGGAAGUGAACGACUACUGCGAGUCCGCGGCCGCCAUGCUGAAGGCGUGCGAGGCCGUUGUGCAAAAGGCUGCCGACCCGCAGACGAAGUGCGUGGACAUGGUGGUGCACUUGGGCACUCUGAAGAAGGCAUCUGAGUCAUGCGCUGGCACCAAGCUGACCGAUCAUGACCGUGAGAAUGCGAGCUUGGCUUUGACGGCGGCCGCCCGAACAGCAGUGCAGGAGCUGGGCCGCGCCAGUGCCGAUGUUCUGACCCACAUCAAAGACAUGACGGACUUGGCUGGGUGGGACGACAGCAUGAUGGCAACAUUCGAGCUCGUUCAGUACUUCAGCGAGCUACAGGUUGCUUUGGACGUUCUCCAGUCGACAGCCCCCGCUGCAGCAGACAUUAAGAAUGUGGUUUCAAAGACGUACGAGUGCACGCCACUCAGGGCCGUCCAGAUGAAGCUUGAUAAGACCAAGUUGUACGCGGGCCAGUGGCAACACUACGAUGAGGUGGCAAGAGCCAGCUUCGCGGCGCUGACCACCCGUGCGGAGCAGACGAUCGACGCCUACGCGGACGAGCUGAUCUCCAAGAGCGACACUGUGACGCGGAGCAUGUUCGUGGACUUGGCGGCGGUCUCGGGCGGCAUGGCCGACGGCUCGCACUGGUCCGCGGCGGGACACGCCAAGUCCACGUUCGACGAGAUGAUGAAGAUCGCGAGUGAGACGCUGAUGAAGGUCGACUACGAUAAGUUCCAGAAGCGGAUCAGCACGUUCGAGAAGGCUUGGAACGCCCACGUGAAGUUAGUCAACAGCUACGGCAAACCUGCCGUGAAUUCAGAGGAUAUCGACACAGUCGUUCGCGUGUCGAAGGCCACCUUGGGCACGCUCAAGGCCAUGACGGGCCUCAGCACAGAGACGAACAAGCAGACUAUCAGGAAGAUCGUCGCCCAGGCGACGGAUGAGAUGAAGAACGGCGGCGUGGUCCUCUCCCAGGACCUCCCCGUGGCGCUAGUCAAGCGCUUCGAGGCCGCCCUGAAGUUGAAGUAA